AUGCCAGCCAGCGUUCAGCAGUCGUCCCGGUCCUGUGUUUGGAGUGGGAGAGGGGGUUCUCCGAAAUGUAAACCCAGACCUCCUCGCCUACAACAACCGAGCCUUUUUUCCUCCUGUCUGACACCCGGACAUGAUUUUGCCGCCAGCACUGUCGAAGCCGUUGCCGUCCCCAACGCAACUGAGGAACUCCAGCCAGCGACCCGCAGUUGCUCCUGUCCUACCGUAACGCUCACCGCCGAUGCUUCAUCCGAACUAAAAAUAUACUACCAGAAUACCAACGGCCUCAGGACAAAAAUUGAUCAACUGUUUCUAUCAUCCACUGAGUUAGACUACGACGUGUACGUGUUCACGGAGACUAAUUUGGACGAUCGCAUUCAAUCUUGUCAGCUCUUCAACAACGAUUUUUGCGUUUAUCGUGUUGAUCGUUGUGCCUCUAACAGUCAGCGUCAAUCGGGCGGAGGCGUGCUCAUAGCCGUAAAGCGGUUAUAUGCGUCAUCUGUAGUCCAGCUCACGGCUGCCGAUAACAUUGAGCAUCUAUGGGUAAAAAUCGCCAUAGAGCCACUGCCACUUUUCAUUGGUGUUCUGUAUUUGCCACCAGAUAAAAGCCGAGACAUUAACUUGGUGAUGCUUCAUAUUGAUGCUGUCUCUGAAAUCAGCAGGAAGUUUAGCGAUAUAGGAAAACUCGUCUUGCUGGGUGACUUUAACCAACCGCGCCUAGCUUGGAAGAGUUCUGGUAGCGGGUAUGCCUUUGUUGAUCCUGUACAGUCACAGCUUUCCUUGGCCAGCCAAUCCCUUCUCGAUAACAUGGCGUUCCUCAGACUACGGCAGCAUAAUUUAAUACGAAACAACUUAGACCGUGUUUUAGAUCUCGUAUUCUCCAGAGACUCCGUUAUAAAGGAUGGCGCCGUCUCUUUAGCUGUUGAGGAAGUUGUACCAAUUGAUCCUUAUCACCCACCUAUUUGCUUCACUGUUCUUUGUGAGCCUACUGUUUCUUUCCACCAAGAUAUCGAUCUAACUGAACGUGACUUUCGUCGUGGCGACUACGACACUCUAAACGAAUUGCUGUCCGAGGUUGAUUGGUCUGAGGUGAUUCAAAAUUCUGACGUUGACUGUGCAGUUAGCUGUUUCAAUCGUACUAUUCAGAAUUGCAUCGUUCAAGCUGUACCGCUAAAAAGGCCGCCGAAAACCCCUGUAUGGUCCAACAAGCACCUUCGCAUCCUGCGUCGACGGCGCUCCAACUUGCUGAAACAGUAUUGCCAGCAUAAAAGCUUGUAUGCGAAGCGACAAUUUGACGAGGCGAGUCGAACCUACCGUGGUUAUAACCGUUUCCUAUACAAAAGGUACGUGAGGCGAAGAGAGGAGGAUCUCCGGCGAAACCCUAAACGUUUUUGGAGCUUUGUAAACUCGAAGCGUAAAGAGAAUGGUCUUCCUAUUCUGAUGCACCUAGGGAAUGUUAAUGCCGCUUCUACGGAAACCAAAUGUGCUCUUUUUUCUCAACAAUUUGCUAGCUUGUUUGAAAACCGGGUGCCCACUGCUGUCAGUCUAGUACCAAGAGACGUGAUAGAUUUCGACGUAUUUAAUAUUAACGCUACGAUGGUUGGAGCUGCAUUACAGAAACUGAAGCAGUCUUAUAAGCCAGGCCCCGAUGGUAUUCCCUCUUGCAUCUUCAAAAAGUGCAGCGCUUCUCUGACUGCUCCCCUCCUGGCGAUUUUCAAUAGAUCACUUCAACAUCAAGUAUUCCCAUCGGAAUGGAAGAUUUCCCAUAUGCUGCCGGUGCACAAGAAAGGCGAAAAGUCCGACAUCGCUAACUAUCGUGGCAUGACCUCUUUAUCAGCUGGAUCAAAAUGCUUCGAGAUCAUCAUGAAAGAUAUGCUAUUCAGCUCUUGUAGGAGUUAUAUCAGCAUUGCUCAACAUGGAUUCUACCUUAAACGCUCCGUGGACACUAACCUGUGCGAGUUCACAUCAUUUUGUAUCGGUGCAAUGGAUGGUGGAGCUCAGGUUGAUGCAGUAUACACCGACAUCAAAGCCGCAUUUGACACCCUGGCUUCGCUCAUACCUGAGCAACAGACAGCUCUUCGUAAAAAUUGGAUCAACAGUAUCUGA